AAAGCCGGUACUGCUCAGACACAGAGGGGAGAAAGAGGACACUGCCAGGAGGAGAAAGUUUGACUGGUUAUUGUUAGAGGCACACUUAAUUUAUUAAUUCAUCCAAUUAAUUUAUAGUCAUGAUAGCUUCCCAUUUAUUAGCCUAUUUCUUCACCGAACUCAAUCAUGAUCAAGUACAGAAGGUGGACAAGUAUCUCUAUCACAUGCGCUUGUCAGAUGAGACACUUCUGGAAGUGUCAAACCGGUUUGAAAAACAGAUGGGGAAGGGACUUGGAGCAGAGACCAACCCCACAGCUUCUGUGAAGAUGCUUCCGACAUUUGUGCGAUCCACACCAGAUGGGACAGAAAAUGGAGACUUCUUGGCAUUGGACUUGGGAGGAACAAACUUCAGAGUGUUACGGGUGAAGGUUUCAGAUAAUGGGACAAAGAAAGUGGAGAUGGAGAAUCAGAUUUAUGCCAUUCCAGAGGAUCUGAUGCGAGGCAGCGGAGCUCAGCUGUUUGACCAUAUUGCUGAAUGUUUGGCCAACUUCAUGGAGAAGCUGAACAUCAAAGACCGGAAGCUUCCUCUGGGAUUCACGUUCUCGUUUCCCUGUCAUCAGACCAAACUGGAUGAGAGCAUCUUGGCAAAUUGGACCAAAGGAUUCAAAGCCUGUGGGGUAGAAGGAAAGGAUGUGGUCACAUUGUUACGGAAAGCAAUCAAGAAACGUGGGGAUUUUGACAUUGACAUUGUGGCUGUUGUAAAUGACACUGUGGGAACCAUGAUGACUUGUGGAUUUGAUGACCACAAUUGUGAAAUUGGUCUUAUUAUUGGUACAGGUACUAAUGCAUGUUACAUGGAAGAAAUGAGGCAUAUUGAUUUGGUGGAAGGUGACGAAGGACGGAUGUGCGUGAAUAUGGAGUGGGGUGCAUUUGGAGAUGAUGGAUGCCUGGAUGAUAUUAGGACUGAGUUUGACCGCGAAAUCGACAUGGGAUCUUUAAAUCCAGGCAAACAAAUGUUUGAGAAGAUGAUUAGCGGAAUGUACAUGGGAGAGUUAGUCAGACUUAUCUUAGUCAAAAUGGCCAAAGAAGAUCUUCUUUUUGGCGGCAGGAUUACAGCCGACCUCCUGACUACUGGACAUUUUGAAACCCGUUUCAUCUCAGAUAUUGAAAAGGAUAAAGAAGGGAUUCAGAAAGCCCAUGAAAUUUUAAGCAAAUUGGGUUUGGAGCCAUCCCAUGAGGACUGUGUGGCCACUCACAGAAUCUGUCAGAUUGUAUCUACCCGUUCUGCCAAUCUUUGUGCUGCAACUCUAGCUGCUGUGCUGCGGCGGAUCCGGGAAAACAAAGGUGUGGAGAGGCUGAAAUCCACAGUGGGAGUGGAUGGAUCUGUCUACAAAAACCAUCCACAUUAUGCUCGGCUCCUUCAGAAGACUGUUCGUCGUUUGGUACCAGAAUGUGAUGUCCGAUUCAUCCGGUCUGAAGAUGGCAGUGGAAAAGGGGCUGCUAUGGUGACUGCUGUAGCUUACAGAUUGGCUGACCAGAAGCAUGAAAGAGAGAAAACACUUGAAGCUUUAAAUCUCAGCCACCAACAGCUCUUGGAGAUUAAGAAAGUAAUGAGGACAGAAAUGGAGAGGGGCCUGCAAAAAGAAAGCCACAACAGUGCCACAGUGAAAAUGCUGCCCACCUAUGUACGAGCAACUCCUGAUGGUACAGAGAAAGGAGACUUCCUGGCUUUAGAUCUAGGAGGCACUAAUUUCCGUGUGCUCCUCGUACGUGUUCGAAAUGGCAUGAGACGUGGCGUGGAAAUGCACAAUAAGAUCUACACAAUCCCCCAGGACAUUAUGCUGGGCACAGGCGAGGAGCUUUUUGACCACAUUGUUCAUUGUAUUGCGGAUUUCCUGGAAUACAUGGGCAUGAAAGGAGUGUCACUGCCCCUGGGAUUCACCUUUUCUUUUCCUUGUCAACAGAAUAGCCUGGAUGAGGGUAUUCUUCUUAAGUGGACUAAAGGUUUCAAGGCAUCUGGCUGUGAAGGAGAGGAUGUUGUGAAUUUGCUAAAGGAAGCCAUCCACAGACGGGAGGAAUUUGACCUGGAUGUAGUGGCUGUAGUAAAUGAUACAGUGGGCACUAUGAUGACCUGUGGCUAUGAAGACCCUUACUGUGAAAUGGGAUUGAUAGUUGGAACUGGGAGCAACGCAUGUUACAUGGAGGAGAUGAAGAAUGUUGAUCUGGUGGAAGGAGUGGAGGGCAGGAUGUGCAUUAACAUGGAGUGGGGGGCAUUUGGAGACAAUGACUGUCUGGAACCAUUCCGUACAGAGUUUGACAAAGCUGUGGAUGAAUUGUCUCUUAAUCCUGGCAAGCAGAGGUUUGAGAAGAUGAUUAGUGGCAUGUAUCUUGGGGAGAUCGUCAGAAAUAUAUUGAUAGAUUUCACCAAACGAGGGUUUCUCUUCAGAGGAAAGAUUUCAGAGAGGCUCAAGACGAGAGGCAUCUUUGAAACCAAGUUCCUGUCUCAGAUCGAAAGUGACCGCCUGGCAUUACUGCAGGUCCGCUCCAUCCUACAACAUCUUGGCUUGAACAGCACAUGUGAUGACAGUAUCAUAGUAAAGGAAGUGUGUACAGUUGUAGCACGUAGAGCAGCACAAGUCUGUGGGGCUGGUGUUGCAGCCGUGGUGGACAAGAUCAGGGAGAACCGAGGGCUGGACUUCUUGAAAGUCACAGUAGGAGUGGACGGAACACUCUACAAACUUCACCCACAUUUUUCCACCAUCAUGCGCCAGACAGUAAAGGAGCUGUCCCCUAAAUGCCAGGUGACCUUUCUCCAAUCUGAAGAUGGUAGCGGGAAGGGAGCUGCUCUGAUCACAGCAGUGGCCUGUAGGAUUCGGGAAGCAGGCCAGCGUUAACAACUUGCUUGUGUGCAUUCCUGCACAGAGACCGCUUGCAGACAUUUACCAUGUCCAUCUUUAGCAUAGACUCUAGUAGACUGGAUCCUGCGUCCCACUGAUCCACUCUCCCUGGAGACAGAGCACAUCAUCAGUGAUUUGGCACUGAGUAAUAAUGGAAGCCAGCAAAUAUUUCAUCUUUAUGCGAAAACUGUACCAGGGAAAUGUGUACCAUGGGUGUAUAUUUUAAUAUUUUUGUAGGAUAGCUGGGGGUUUCCAAAAUAAUUUAUAGCUAACUUUAUUAUUGGUGAUCUGUAGUUCUUCAAGGUGGCUGAUGGAAGAUGCCCCAGUAGGGACAUAUAACUGAUGUUAACAUGCAGAGAUGGCAGUGGGCUCUGUUCCAUGGUUUGAAUAGGUAUUUAUUCUGCAAUAUUUCAACGCAGUUAGUACUUUUUGUUCCUAUGCAAAGUAUUUUUUUUCUUUUGGUGUUUUACAAAUUCCAGAUCUGUAGCUAUGGGUGAAACCAGGAAUUCAUUUGUAGAAAUUA